AUGUCUUCGUCCGGCGCUGCUGACUUCGCCGCUGCUGCCGUCGACGCCGCCCUUCGGGCGGAUGCCUCGGCAGCUGACGCCGAGGUGCUCGAUUGGGCACCGCCGUCGUCUUUGGCGGCUUCGACCACGCUGUUGGGAGGUGGGGCGCCCGACCCCUUGUCGGGCGAGGAGGAAGAGGAGAUCGUCACCGGCUUCGUCUUGCCCACGUCGGGCUCUUUCGCCGCCACAGGCGGCCUCGACAUGGGCGUCCAGACCGAGGCCCAUGUCUUCAUUUCGAAUUUUGCGGCUGGAGCGACCGAUGGUGAGCUCGCCGCCGCGGUUGGGGCCUUGUCCUCGGGCGACCUCGCCCGCCCCAUGGCCGCUUGCACGGCCGCCCAACCGGCUGCUGGGCCAGCCACGCCGGCAAUUACGUCGCCAUCGUCUUCGUCCGGGAUUUUGCCACCAGCGACGACGACGUUGUCGCCUACGCCAUCGCCCUUGCCGCCCCCUUCGGCAUCCUCGACUGCCCCAGCGGGCGAUGGGCCUGUGGCGGCUUGGCUCGCCCCGUCCGGGGCUCAGUCGUCGGUGGUUCCCGGCCCGUCUGCCGCAGAGGCCAGGCAGUACUGGACCGACCAGGAGGCGAUGCAUCAGGUCGCGGAGCCUGCGGCGGCGGCCAACAUCGCCGUCCCUGAUGAUGACGACGCCGACCUGGAGGGCGAGUCCUGGCUGGACGCCUACCUCGCCGGCUUCUCGGGCGCUUUGCCCAAGGCCCCGCCCGACACGACUCUGCCUAUGCCCUUUGGGGCGUUUUGCCCGGCGGGCGCCACGGUGCGGUGGCCUACGGCAAAGGGGCUGACGCCCCCGCCUCCUCCGCCUCCUUCUUCGUCGCUUACCACGUCGGCAUCUUCCGUGGUCGCACCGGCCGAGCCAGUGGUCGCCAAGCCGAUGAAGAAGCCGCCGCCUCCCGAGCUGGUCGGGCAGGGGGAGGCUCCCAAGGUCAAGCCCUUCGCCAAGGCGCCGCCCCCCCCGCUUGUGGUGGAGCCUGACACGGGGGCGGGCGACCAGGAGGCUCCACAGCGCCAGCCGUCCGGGCUGUUUGGAUCGGCUUCGCCUUCCUCGGGGCCCCCGCCUGUCAAAAAGGCGCCCGUCCCGCCACCGGCGGCGGCGCCAGCCGUGGAGGAGCCGACGCCCUACGAGCGGCAGCGUAGGGCGAUCGAUCAAGAGAACGCCCUCCGAAUGGGGCCCAUGGGCUUCGACGUCUCCUACGACGAGAUGCUGCAGCUCCGCAUCCAGCGCGAGCUGCAGGAGAUGUCCACACCGCCGCCCCCGGCCAAGCCGGCAGGGCAACAGCCGCCGGAGGUGAUCGUCCCGCAGUGGGGGGCGGACCCGGAGCGAGACCAUCCGCCAAGCGCCUCCGCGGGCGUCCCGCCACCGGCCGCUGCUUCAUCGUCUACGCCGUCGAAGGCUUCCUCGUCUUUUCCGGCGCCGGCGGCGGCUUCGCCUGGGGCGUCCUCGGCCUGCGCGGGCGUGCCGCCCAGUGAGACGCCCAGGGUCUCCGGCCGCGGCGGCUAUGGGACCAAAAACCGGUCCCUCCAUCGCCAAGACGGCACGCCUCUCACGGUCAAGGAGAGGUGGGAUCGCUACCGGCAGCCGAAGAACCGCCCUGGGGCGGACUUUUUCGACUCAAAGCUGCCGCUGGGCCUUGUGGGGGAGGAGAAGAGGCCGUGGCAGCCUAAGUCCGUCAUCGCCAUUUGCGACGGGCUCGAAGCCGUCAAGUGUCAAGAGGACAUCGAGUCCUACAUCGCCUGGUGGGACUGCCGGGCGAGGGGCAGAAAUGCGAACUUUCUCGCCCUGGUAUCCUACUGGGAUUCCAUGGCGAUGCGCCUCGCCAUGGACCUCCGCCAGAUCGAAGAGGCGGUGACCGUGGCGCCGUCCCGCCCAGAAGGGCGGACCAAGGGCAGGCCACAGCCCACCCAGACGAACCCCGACGCCGACGACUCCUGGGUGGAGCCCCCGCCCAAGCGCAUCCGCCCCGGCCGCAAGGGCAAGAAUGGGGCCAAGGGCGGCAAGAAAGGCGCCAAGGGCGGCCGCCAGCAGGAACCCAAGGGCCAAGGGCGGCAAGGGGGCCAAACAGAGUCAAUGGUACACUCCGGGUCGGACGGCUGGGCCUCCCAUUCCUGGUCCGCCUCGUCCUGGGAGCAGCCCGACGCCGCCAAGGGUCAGAAUCAGCGCAGGGCGAUGGGCCGCCCCACAGGGCGGAAAGAAGUG